AUGCCUCCGAAGAAGAAGGGCACUGCUGCCUCGAAGAAGAAGGCUGCUGCUGCUGCUGCUGCUGCCACGAAGAAGAGCAAGAAGGUCGAAGAAGAAGUUGUGGAGAUCGUGGAGGAUAAGGACGAGGAGGAGAACGCUCCCAAGAAGCCGAAGACGGUGACCAAGAAGGAGGAAGAGAAUGCUGAUGCUGCUGCUGAUGACGACGAUGACGGCGACGACGACGAUGGCAGCCCUGAUGUGCUGAAGCUGAAGCCGCUGUUCAAAGGGGCGCAUGGCCCGUGGUAUUCACUGCUGAAGGACACCAUCGAGAAAGCACCGAACGCGUCCACGUUCAUUGGGCCGACGCGCGAUGCGAGCGUCGUUCCUGUUCGCGAGCUCACCUUCCAGGCCCUCAAGCCAAACCCGCCAGAGAAGUGGCAGGUCGUCGUCUUUGGCCAGAACCCGUACCCACGCGUCGAGUCUGCGACCGGCAUUGCCAUGCUGGACAACACGUUCAAAGAAUGGGAGGACAAGCGCUUUGGCGUCGUCACCUCCAUGCGCUGCAUCAUGAAGACGGCAUGCAUCUGGAAGUAUGGCAUUCCCAAGGCCACGCCCGUGGCGGAGAUUCGCAAGAUCUUGAAGAAGAACAAGAUUGUCAAUCCACAUGGCUGGUUCCAGGCCAUGCUCUCCCAAGGAUGCCUCCUCAUGAACGCAGCGCUGACGGCGAGCACGGACAAGUCGCUGUCGACGAGCAAGCACACGACCUUCUGGCGACCCAUCAUCACCAAAGUCGUGGAGGAGAUUCUGCGGGCAAAGCAGCAGACGAAGGCUGGCGGCGUCGUGUUUGCGUGGUGGGGAUCGCACGCCAAGGCAUUGCGCAAGCUCGUUGUCGCCUUGCAGGAGAAAUUCCCCGAUGUGCCUGUGGAGCAUGUGGACUACUGCAACCCGGCGGCCAUGGGCGACGCAUUCUGCAACUCCAAUCACUUUGAGGACCUCAACACGGCCAUCAAGGAGGUCGGGGGCACCCCGAUCGACUGGCUGCCGCAGCAGGGCUGGGACACACAGCACGAUGGCGAGCGCGCUGUGCACGUCUCACGCAUGGGCCAGUUUGUCACAGACACCCUGGAUUUGCAGAAUGAGGUGCAGAAGGAGCUGGAGCCUAUCCGUGGCGUGUACUCUUCCCCGCUUCUCUCCAUGGGCGCGGUUGUGACGUGGUGGGGCGUGUCGUCGUGCACGGUGAAGGAGGGCGUGGCGCGCGGGUUUCUUGGCGGAAAAGGGAUGCUGUUCUCCAUCAAGCCACGCGGCGCCGUGAGCAUCAAGCAGUUCAGCGCCUUCCAGGGCGAGGAUGAGUACAUUGUCAACCCGGGCGCAAGGCUCAAGGUGCUCGAUGUCAAGACCACCGGCAACGUCUGCAACGUCACGCUGCAAGAGCUGGAGGAGGAGCCACUCGUCACCUGACACAUUUGUGUGUGUGCGCGCGCGCGUGUGUGUGUGUGUAUGCAUACACAUUGUCGCAUUUGUUACCAUGCGCCUUGUAGUUGUUCACCCCCCCCCCCCUCUUCGCCCUGUGUUACUCUCUCUCUCUCUCUCUCUCUCU